AUGUUCCUAAACACCUACGCCUCCGGCUCCCUCCCCCCCGACAUCUUCACCUCGAUGACCGGACCCUCACCCGUACCCGUACCAGUACCACCCCCCUCCGCGUACGGCUCGAUCAUCGCGAGUGAUGGGGAGGUACAUGCGCCUAACCCACCCGACGAAAGUGACAGACAACGCGAAACUUGGAAAUAUCAAGACCAUUUUUUAGGCGCAGGAGGAGAUCAAAACCUAAGAAUGGAUUUUGAACGAUACGUGCAGAUCGCGACACGACUAACUUCUUCCAAAGUCGGUAACGUAUCUUUUUUCGAUGCGGCGGAUCAGUAUAUACUCGGUGAAGUCGUACAACCCUCUCCCUUAUCCACCAACACCUCCUCCGAAACCGUCUUCUCCCUCUCCUCACCUUUACGCCGCUCAACAGGAAUCUGUGCACAUGCGUUAUUGCAUGCACACUUGACGCCUGUCUACACUAUUUCGGAUAUGAGCCUGGAUUGGAGGUUUAGGGAGAAGCCGUUCGUUACGGGUGGGUUGCGGUUGAGGGCAUACAUGGGUGCACCGAUCUACGCUUCGGGACCGUUAGGCCCUGGCUCCGAACGACAUGCCCUUGGGGUACUCUGUGUCUUGGACGACAAACCACGCAACUGGACGCAGGAGGAACAAGCCCUCCUCCGACACGUCGCGGAUAUGGUCGCGGAGGGGUUGGAGAGUCGGAGGGGGAGGAGGAUGGUUGGGGUGUUGGGGGUUAUGGCGGAGGUUUUGACGGAGUUUACCGCUGGGGGGAUGAGGGGGGGGAAGGCGAAGGCGAAGGCGCAGCCUGAGCCGGGGUCCGGCGAGUCCGACAAGAAGGCUCAGGCUGCACCUUCGCCGGAGUUGGCUGGGAAGGAAAGAGAAGCGGAGGCGGAUGAGACGGUUUGGGAGAGGGCGUGUAAGAUGAUUGGGAAGUGUCUUGCUGAGCCGUUCGAUGUUGAUGACGUCGCGUGGAUCCAUCCUGGGGAGAAUAAACGGAGUGAGGUAUGGCACGUCCUCGAAUCGUGGCACGAUCCGCGCAAACCUCUCCAUGUCGACUCCCACUCUUCGGCGCGGUCGAUUGCGGCGAGUGCGGUAUCGACGUUAUUCGAGAAAGAGAAUGCAGAGUUGGGGGUAAUCAUUGACGCCGAAGAACUCGCACGUACACCAGCCCUCCAAUUCCUCUUCCCACCGACCACAACCGCCCUCAUCCUCGUCCCCGUCCGCCUCCACCGCGCGUCACAUACCCCGCACUCCGUCCUAACCCUCUACACCACCCACCCACGUCCUCGAUUGUCCUCGGAUGAGAGAGCGUUUUUGUAUCGGUUCGCGAGUGCGGCGGUGAGUGAGCAGGAGAGGGAUAAGUUGGCUGUUGCGGAUGCGGCGAAGGCGUUGUUUAUAAGUAAUGUGAGUCAUGAGUUGAGGAGUCCGUUGCAUGGGGUUCUUGCUAGUGCGGAGAUGUUGGAGGAGACUGGGCGAGUGACGGCGAGCUCUGGUGGUGGUGCUGGACUCGGCGGAGAAGGAGGAGAAGAUGAAGGAGGAGGAGGCGGGUUGUCGGUUGAGCAGAGGGGGUUGGUGAGGGUUAUCAGGAGUUGUGGAGGGGUUUUGUUGGAGGUCAUUAAUUCCGUCUUGGACUUUGGGAAGAUUGCGCGUGGUGGUUGCGGCAACUCUACAGACAAUCUCGGGAGGCGAGGAUCGAGAGUCGAUGGGGAGGAGCAUGCUGUGGUUGAUUUGGUCAAGUUGAGUGAGGAGGUUGUUGAGAGCUGUUUUGCUGGGUUCCAGUUUCGGAGUGGGAAUGUGAAUGUUGGGAAUGGGAGUGAGUCAUUGAUGUUGUUGUUCGAGAUGAAUCCGACAACACCGAGCGAAUGGCGCUUCCACACUCCGCACUCAGCAGCGAUUCGAAGGGUAUUGAUGAACCUCAUCACGAACGCCCUCAAAUACACCCCAAAUUCACCCACUAACCACGUCCGCGUCACCCUCUCGAAAACCUCUCCCACCUCCAUCACCCUAACCGUCGAAGACUCCGGCCGUGGCAUAUCUCCCGAUUUCAUCAAACAAAAGCUCUUCCAGGCUUUCCAGCAGGAGGAUCCACUCGCGAUGGGCGCGGGUUUGGGGAUGAGUAUUUGUAAGAGUUUGGUGCGGGAGACGUUGGGAGGUGAUAUCGAGGUGGGGAGUAGUGUGGGGAAGGGGACGAAGGUGUUGGUGCGGUUUAAUCUGAGGCUGGCGUUGUGGAGUGGAGAGGAGUUGCCGUAUGAGGGGUUGGAUGCGUAUCGGGUUUGGGUUGAGCCAGAGCAAGAAAGGGAAGAGGUCGGGAUAACGCCGGGGGAGGUGUUGUUGGAGCAGUUUGGGGCGAGGAGUCGUGCGGCGGAGUAUUUGGGCGGGAAUGUGGUGCAGGAGGUUGAGGAGGCGGAUAUUUUGCUUGUUGGUGAGCGAUCUCGGAUGGCUCUAGAUGAGGCGCCCAAGGACAGACUUGUCGUGAUGCUCUGUUCUGUUACAGAGAGGAAGCAUCUGAGCGCCGAUAUGCGACGGAAGAUGGGCGAGAACGUUGUCGUGGUUACUGUUCCGCAUGGACCUGGCAAAGUUCGCGCGGCUGUUCGUGCGGGGUUAGAGAGGAUUCACAGGAGAGGAGAGGGAAGUCCGACCUUGACGAGUGCGGUCGUUACGGCGAUGAAUGAGAUCUCUAUCUCAUAUCCGCCUGAGACGCCGACGACCGUAACGAGUUUUGCGACGACCGCGGUUAUGUCGGAGAUGGACGACGCGGAAGUGGGGUUACCGAGCGUGUUGGUGGUGGAGGAUAACCCCAUUAACGCCAUGCUCCUCAAAACCUGGCUCAAGAAGAAUGGGUAUCCGCACUACCAUGCGGCGAAUGGACAAAUCGCCGUCGAUGCCGUCAAGAAGAAGUUUUAUCCGAUUGUAUUGAUGGAUGUGCAGAUGCCUGUCAAGGAUGGCUUUGAUGCCACAAGGGAUAUCCGGCAAAUUGAAUCGGAGCAAGAUGGAGGAGUAGGAAGGAGAGCGAAGAUUGUUGCGUUGACGGGGUUGGACACUCCCGGGGAUGUCAAGAGGGCGUAUGAGUGCGGCGUGGACGAGUUUUUAACGAAACCUGUUAGUUUGAAAAAGUUGGGUGAGAUCUUGAAAGGAAUUGAAAAGGCGAGGCUGGCGGUCGGUUAA